UGCUACUAUGGGCAAAUCGUCACAGGUUGCUAUGGAUCACGAUAGCAGCAGUGAUCGCAUAACAGCUCGCGUUGGAUCGCGCCAGAAGAAAGCGAAAAUUGUGUUUGACCCUUCCGAUCAUCAUGUGCCACGAAAACGCAACCGUCGCGGCGAACACGAACCAACGGCAGGAACGGGGACACCCAAAUCAGAACCAACUCAAACAGCAACAACGUUAUCAUCGUCUUCCAAUGAAGGUUCAACCAGCAAGAAUCAUUCAUCGGCUACAACGAGCGUUGGCGGACAACGCGGUACAACGGCAACGGCGGCAUUGUGCCGUACCUGUCAAAAAUGCGGACGUAGUGGGCCAGGGCGAAUGCCAAGAAAAUCACCCAUUACACCGUGGACAUGCUCUUCCUGUCUAAUUCUGAAAACUGGAUCAAGCAAAGCAGGGUCAGGGGCCAACAAAACGGGACAGUCCAAAAUGCAAUCCAAAUCGAGCAGGGAUCGAACGUCCGAAGAAGAAGCAGCCUCGGACGAGGCGAAUGAUGAAGAGGAGGAAGAGGAAGAAGAAGAAGACAAUAAGCGACAGCACGAUUUCGCUGGCUUCAGCGAGACGGAGCUAGGAGGCCAUGAGAAAGUGAACGAUGUAAAGGUGGACCAGAAAUUGUAUGUCCGCGAGCCGCAUGAGAAUAAAGACGGUGUGCAGAAUAAAUCCAACGAGCCGGUAGUAGCAGCAACAAUAAAACGUACCGACAGCCACGAUGAUGGAGACGAAAGAGAUGGAUCAGCUAAAGAUGUACGGUACUGGUCGUGCAAUGAUGUAUGCAGAUUUUUUAGCCGGCACUGCAAAUCGUGGGGUGAUUUGUUUCACGAACAGGAAAUUGAUGGCGCAUCGUUACUGUUAAUGAGGAAGGGCGACGUGCUAUCGAGAUUUGGUCUUAAAUUGGGCCCAGCCAUGGAACUGUAUCAGCGUAUCGUGGCACUGCAAAACGGAGACAGAGAUAUAGUUGAUGUUCGGUUAACUUGGAUAUAAAUAGAAGGCGCGCACAAUGCA